UCUCUCUCUCUCUCUCUCUCUCUCUCUCUCUCUCUCUCUCUCUUCUCCUCUGGCUUCCUCCGUGCCUUCCUGUGUCUCUUUUCUCUCGGAUCACAACAGCCCUAGCAGCACGUGUUUGGAGGAUAAAACCAGCAAUGCAUCAUGAAGUCUCAGCAGAAAUGCAUCAUGAUCUUUGCUUUGGUCUGCUGCUUCGCCGUCCUGGUGGCGCUCAUCUUCUCAGCCGUGGACAUCUGGGGUGAAGACGAGGACGGCAUCACAGAGGAAAACUGCAGCAGGACCUGCAGGGUCGUCCUGGUGGAAAACAUCCCGGAGGACGUGUCCUUCCCCCCCAGCGGCCCUACCUACCUGCCUCUCACGGCGGGGCUCCAUGACCUGCUGGACCGCGCCAUGCGCUCGCUGGAAAUCGUCUCCCCCGUCUGGCUGCUCAACUCCUCAGACUACGAGGCCAGCUCCCAGCGGGCGUCCCUGCAGGGCAGGGCUCUGCUGACCAGGCUACAGGGACUGAAGGCCAGGGGUGUCCAGCUGAAGAUCUCCAGCGAGGACACAGACUCAACUGAACUCAGCAUGCUGGCCAGACUUGGUGCUGAUAUCCACUAUUUGAACACCACAGCUCUGAUCAGAGGUCAGCUCCAUGCCUCCUUCUGGGUGGUGGACAGGAAGCACCUGUACUUCGGCAGCGCUACAAUGAACUGGAGAUCCCUGGCUACGAGAAAGGAGCUGGGAGUGUUGGUGUACGACUGCAGCUGUCUGGCUCUGGACCUGCACAAGGUGUUCAGCCUGUACUGGGGCCUCCAGUACAAAGACUUCAUCCCCUCCUUCUGGUCAAAGCGGGUGUUUGCGCUCUACAACCGGGACUCUCCUCUGGAUCUGACCCUGAACAGCACUAAAGCUCAGGCCUACAUCUCGACCUCCCCCAGUCUGCUGAUCCCCAGGGACCGCAGCAGCGACCUGGAGGCCAUCAGCCGGGUCAUACAGGAGGCACACAGCUUCCUCUACAUCUCCAUCACUGACUACCUGCCCCUGCUGAAGAGCGGUGCCCACAGGUACUGGUCUCGCAUCGACGGUCUGAUCCGCGACGCCCUGAUCCUGCGGCGGGUGCGGGUCCACAUGCUGGUCAGCUGCUGGGAGCACACCAACCCUCUAACCUUCAACUUCAUCUGGUCCCUCCGUAGCCUCUGCAUGGAGCAGAGCAACUGCUCCUUGGAGGCCAGGUUCUUCAGCCCGAGGGAACAGAGGGACGGCAGUUUGCAACGAAUCAACCACAAUAGGUUCAUGGUGACAGAUUCAGCAGUGUAUUUAGGUAACCUGGACUGGGUGGGGAACGAUUUCACCUUCAACGCAGGGGCCGGCCUGGUGAUCAGCCAGCAGGAGGGGGUGGACCAGAGGAACUCCACGGUGGUGGAGCAGCUAAGAGAUGCCUUCGAGAGGGACUGGUCCUCCCGCUACACGCACUCCCUGCAGCCCGACCUGCUGCCCGUCUGCAACCGGCACAAGGCCAGCCGGCUUGUGCCGCUCAAAGGAGCCCGACCUCCCCACAGCUCUACUGUCCCGCUGGCAGGAAGUCCACCACGCCACCUCCCAGCACCCAUCCAAACCCCUUCCUGCAACAGUGAAUUUCACCAUAGCAACAAGCAGGAACCUAGCAGAGGGAGCAGGGGCCCCCCGGACAACGGGCCGGCGUCCACCACAGCUGGCCCCAUGGAGGAGGGCAGAGCCACGCUGACGCAACCGGAGGACAGACAGGUGUACGUCAAAGUCAGUCACUCUGACAGUCCAAUGGGAUCUCUGCUGCCUACCCAGCCAAUAGAAAGCAGUGGAGGCAGAGAGCUACAGAGCGGGCCCCUGUGGCCCCCUGGUACUGAUGUCUAAUGAUGCUGGGAGCCCUGCAGUCGGCACGAUGGUAGGAUGACCCUGGGACACCAUGUCAGGAUUUAUUAGUACAGAAUAACACAGACCUCAACGCUCUUCACCACAACGAGCUCAUAUGAUGAGAGCUUCCUUGAUGAGAUGGGAACUUUCUGCUAUACCAAUUCCUUAAUCAUUGUUUUGUGUGUCCUUUGUGAGCAAUCACCUGCUAUGCUUUAGCUCAUUUAGCUAAUCACAAAACAACGAGUGUCUCUUGAAUUUGGGCCGUGCACUUCCCUUCAGACAGUGAUUGAUUGACCGCUGGGUCGCCAAGAUACCCUGGAGAACAAUGACCAACAUGCAGAAAUCUCAAGAAACUAGAAGUGAAAUCUUAGGACAUCCCAAUGGGCUCAAAUGACAAAAACCUUUGUCUGAAUCUAGUAGCUAAACCCACUCUGUAUUCAAAGAGUUUGAUCACUGACUUACAAUGUAUCCGAACAUGAAACACCUAGUAAGUAAAAGUAAGUAAAAUGUAUUUAUAAAAGCACAUUUAUAACAGUCUGCACUGACCAAAGUGCUGUACAUAGUGCAUUCAGAAGGCAAAAUAACAACAUUAGAAUACAAUAAAAAUAAAAGACAUGAAACCGGACAUCCACACACAACAAAGGCAGUUGUGCAGAGGACAGAUAGUUAAUGGGGAGGGAAGGCAAGGUUAUACAGAUUGGUUUUGAGCCUUGAUUUAAAAAGCAUAAAUGGAGGGGGCAUCACGUAUGUCGGGUGGCAGUUGGGAGCGCGGAGCAGCUACAGCGAAGGCCCGGCCACCUUUUUGUUUCAGUCUGGAGCGGGGGAUGUGUAGAAGUCCCUUAUAAGAGGAUCUUAGGGACCUAGUGGCUGAGUGGGGGUGUAAAAGGUCUGAUAUAUAAGAUGGGGCCUGACCAUUGAUGGCUUUGAACACCAUAAGAACAGUCUUAAACCUGAUAGUAAUGGACAGAUAACUGUUGGUCCAAUGCAUUGGCAGAGUGCAUCCAUCUCCAGGCCAGCAGUCAGAGCAGAGUGACAUUAAGGCUGUGCCAUUAGAUGGCUCUAUGGCGUACAGGUCCCUGCUAGAACUGGUCUGCUGUUGACCGGGCUUUGGACAGGAGGGCCUUCAUGGAAAACUUUCACUGCUCAAACAAUUUCCCUAACCUCAUGUGAGAGCACAUUAAUAAUGAGAUGCAGUAUUUAUUUUGUAAAGUUAUCUAUACUCUUUACACAGCACUGGUGUUAGUUAAAGAUAUUGAU